UUGUUCAUGUGGUUCCCCGAGCUGUUCAGUCGGAUUGAGAAGUUCGGAGGGACACCAUGCGACCCCGGACCCAUCAACACAACUAUCAGCAACUCCACCGACGACCAAAGCAACACGACCAUGUGCGAGUCGCCGAGUAACACCAUCUUCUUGGAGGGUUUCCUAACAGCAGCAUCCAACCUUCCUGGAAACUUGUUCACCAUUUUCCUUAUGGACAGACUUGGAAGAAAACUACUACUUUCAUCCAGCAUGUGUAUAUCAGGGCUAGCUGUGUUCUCCAUAUGGUUCGUACAAACCAAGGUACAGAAUGUAGCAAUAUCGUGCGUGUUCGGAGCCGUCUCCACCAUCGGCUGGAACGCACUUGACGUUCUCUCCACAGAGCUCUUUCCAACCAACGUCAGAACUACAGCAUUCGGUGUCCAAAUAGGCAUGGCUCGUAUCGGCGCUAUCCUCGGCAACGUGGUGUUCGGUGAACUUGUAGACAUCCACUGCGCGGUACCAAUGAUCAUGGUGGCCGUGUUGCUGUGUCUGGGUGGCCUGACGUCCAUCAAACUCCCGAACACCACCGACGUUGACAUUCAUUGA